AGGGGCUUCAGCGCUCUCGUCUGUCUGCUGUGCAGAGAACCAGACGGUUUGCUCACUAGAAGGAAGUAUAUCUGAAGCGAACCUGGAUUUUUUUAUUUUGAUGCACAUGAGCUUUCGUCCUGGUCGCCUAUUAAAAAAUAUUACGUAAUCCCCGCUAUCACACAGAGGGGUUUGUCCCGGGUGUAUGCGUCUCCCCGGCACACCAGGAGCUCCAGAGGCUGUUUUCACCGGAGCAGCGUGGGUUAAGGUGGGCCUUGCCCGGAUAUCUGUCUGACAAGCGAACCAAAACCGAUCCAGUACCCGCCUCGAGACACAACCAGCACAGCCAAUCCUCCAGAGACUACUGUCCGAGACCGUUUGGACUAUAACAAACGCUAGCCAGAUGGCAGAUAACCUAAGCGAAGCCCUGAAGACGCUGAAGCUGUCAUCGGCAGGCGCUUCAGACAGCGUGGAGGGCUGCUUGGAUUGCCUACUCAAAGCUUUGGCCCACAACAAUGUCGAGACUAGUGAAAAGAUCCAGGAGAUGGGUGUUCUUGCCUCGAUGCCCGCUCUUUUGUCUGUGCAGAACUCAUGUACUUCUAAAGUAGCCAACAUCAUUGCAGAGGUGGCCAAAAAUGAAUUCAUGAGGAGCCCGUGUGUGGAAGCGGGACUCAUUCCUCCGCUGGUUCAGCUGCUAAACAGUAAGGAUCAGGAAAUACUGCUCCAGACGGGACGAGCCCUCGGCAACAUCUGCUACGACAGCCAUGAGGGCAGAAGUGCGGUUGACGCAGCAGGUGGUGCUCAGAUAGUUACCGAGCACAUUAAGUCUCUGGCCGAAAGCACUGACCCGGCCACCGGGAAGCUCUUGACUGUCUUUUGUGGCAUGCUGAUGAACUAUAGCAAUGAUAAUGACUCGUUGCAGGCUCAGCUGAUCAGCAUGGGUGUGAUACCAACCCUAGUGCGACUGCUGGGCGUUCAUUCCCAAAACACGCCGCUCACAGAAAUGUGUCUCAUCGCAUUUGGCAACCUGGCAGAGCUCGAGUCCAGUAAGGAGCAGUUUGCCUCCACGAAUAUCGCAGAGGAGCUGGUGCGGCUCUUCCGAAAGCAGGCGGAGCACGAGAAGAAGGAGAUGAUCUUUGAGGUUUUGGCGCCUCUUGCUGAGAAUGAUGUGAUCAAGCUCCAGCUGGUGGAUGCUGGCCUGGUGGAGUGUCUGCUGGAGGUGGUGGCGCAGACGGUGAACAGCGAGCGCGAGGAGGACGCAGCUCAGCUCAAGACCGCCUCAGACCUCAUGGUUCUGCUGCUGCUCGGAGAUGAGUCCAUGCAGAAGCUGUUUGAGGGUGGUAAAGGCAGUGUUUUUCAGAGGGUGCUCUCAUGGGUGCCAUCCAACAACCACCAGCUCCAGCUAGCUGGAGCGCUCGCUAUUGCUAACUUUGCCCGCAACGAUGGGAACUGCAUCCACAUGGUAGACACCGGCAUCGUACAGAAGCUUCUGGAGCUGUUAGACAGACACGUUGAAGAGGGAAACGUCACGGUUCAACACGCCGCUCUGAGCGCUCUGAGGAACCUCGCCAUCCCGG